AUGUCUGGAACGGCAGAGUCCCUGAUUGAAGAGCGCGUCAUGCAGUUACAGGAAAUCAGCAAGCGGCGGAACGCGCUCUUGCGCGAGAUGUAUCACCUCGUCCAGAAGCGCGACAACCUGGGUUCUGUGAUCACGCUCGAAGACGACGGCGAAGAGGAGAACUUGCAGCUGUUCUUGGAGCGGUUCGACCUCGAGAAGCACCCGGACUCGGGAUGCAUCGACAGUUUGCAGGACGAGGAAGUGGCACUGCCGGUCACACCGCCCGCGUACUCGCCGGUCAUUGGGCACGAACCCGCUCAGGACAAUGACAUCUCGGAAUUACCGGUCUCUCCGUCCCUCGAGCCCCCUCCUGCUGUUGAACAGGAUAUGGUGCAGGAGGAGCCGCGGAUUCCUGAGUUACAGGACCAUGAUGUGGACAUGGACAUUGACGAAACCACAGCCCACGCAUCCAGCCAGCCACCCGAGGUUCUAGACGCACCGCACGAGGACCCUAGGCGGACGACGUCUCGGGAGCCUUCUUCUGGCCCUGACGUUAAGCUCGCCGAGGAGACACCCGCCGAUACCGCAGAAGGGUCGCCGAGUCGUGACGGAACGCCCGCUGUCCAGGCUGUUGCUGCAGUCAGAGAAGCACCUGUCGUCGACACCACCCUGGAAUCGCCUAUGCCGCAGUCGGUUGACCAUUCCUCGACCGUGUCAUAUACCGAACCAUCCGUUACUCGAGAACCGUCGUCUGCGCGUGUAUCGCCGCCGCGUCCUCAGCGCUCGCCUUCUUCCGCGUCACAAGUUGCUGGCAGGGAGGAAAGCGCCGUCAAGGCUGAACCGCUGGAUGACGAGCCGAUGGAGGUGGCUGAGAGCUCUCUCCCGCUACAGGAGCCUCAGGCUCAAGGCAUCCAGCCAUCACAACUACUCAAGCUCACUCAGCAGGACAGCGAGGAUCACAUCAUGGACAUUCUGGCUCCCGCCCAGCUCGCAUCUCCUGCCGAGGAGGACGGUGAACACCACCAUAUCAUCGACUACUCGAUACCUCGACCACCCGAGGGGCAUUCUAUCGACUUCGCGUUUGGUUCGGACGCAGCGGCAGGCCUAACAGACAUGGAUAUCACCCCACCCCAGCCAUUCGGGCCCGAACCUCCUUACCCUCUCCCACCCCUAAGCCUGAUGCCGAGCGAGUUCCACCGCAGAGGCAAGACGACGUCCAAACGGGAACGCAAACGCGACAAGGAACGGGAAGGCGUGUCCAGGAACGACUGGCAGCCGCUGAGCCUCGUCAAAUGGAACGCGAUUCUGCACGCCAACCCGGUGCACAAGAAACUACAGCGUGCUACUAAGUGUCUGAGCACGCGCGACUGGUCCGUGGGCCUGCAGGAACUGCGUUUGAUCCGCACCUUUGACCGCAUCGACAUGCUCAAAGACGCGGGAUCAUGGAGCUUCCGGCAAGUCAAGAAGCAGCGAGGCGUCGGUGGGUCGACUAAGACUCACUGGGACUAUCUGAUGGACGAGGUGAAAUGGAUGCGCACUGAUUUCCGUGAGGAACGACGGUGGAAGCUGGCUCUCGCGUACAAGCUGGCACGUGCGGCGGUAGACUGGCAUAAAGCAGGCACGCCCGACGAACGCCUCCGGCUCGGCAUUUGCGUGAUGUGGAAGCCGCCCCCGCUCGAGGACAUCGAUAUGGCGGAGGCGAGUGAGGUCGACGGCCCCUUCCGCGAAUCUCAGGAGGCCGACGAGACUGGUGCUGACUCGAGGGAGACCGAGACGCCGCUCAAUGACUACGGGUCCGAUGAGGAGAGCGAGGACGAGCAAGACAAGGAACAGCAGGAUGUUGUUGACACCCUUGAGCCUGGGACUGCCCUUCAGGACGCCCUACAACAGCUCGAAGAACACGCCAAGAGUCAGCCUGGUACCCAUGAGGGUGUCUCUAUGAAGCCGAAGAUCGAGGACAUUGAGGAUGUUGCCUCUCUAGGCGAUGCCAGUCAAACUCGCGACGAGAGCGCCAUGGACGUCGAUGGCGCGAAGGCAGAGGCAGCGCAGGAGCCGAAAGACAAGCAGCCCAAAGCUGCGAAACCAACAGCAACGGAAUCAGAAGCCCAUCCAGCCCUCAAGACUACCUCAAAGAACCCUGUACUCGGAAAACAAACUGGUGAGGGCGAUGGCACGCACGGAAAGCCGAAGUCCAAAGCGAGCCAGUACGCGCACCUACGGGAUCGUAUCGUAUAUUCCGACCUGGACAAGCUGUUUCUCGACCUCGAAGACCUCGACCUCGUCAAGGGCAUGUCAGACCUUUCCACCGACGACUUUAACCCAACUGCUCCGCCGGCACCCGCUGACCUUGCCUCCAUCUUCCCCGACUUGCACCCAUACGAGAUGCUCGACGUCGCGCCUCCGAUCCCCACUUUAGACACCCGCAAGAAGUCCGAUCGAAGAGGGGACAAGGACGAUCCCAACAGGCGGGGUGACGACGCGACGUACUCGAAACUCGUCCCGCUGAACAAGUACAUGUAUAUCAAGCCGACGCUCGUCGGCACACUCAAGCCUGCGGUCAACUGGAAGGAUGGGCAUUGGAAACGCAUCGAGGAGACACCAAUCUUUGCUGACCUCGAGGUGCCGUCCGCAAGACCGAUAGAGGACAAUCUAUGUGCUCUAUUCGAGGGUGGCAAGCCGCUUCCGUCCGGAAUUCAUCUGCCGCCUGGUGCUCCUAGACCUGAGAGGGAUAGAGCUGAUAGGGACAGAGGGGACGCACGCAAAGCUCCUCCCGCUCCCGUCUGGACACCCGCCGACGAUGCUCUCCUGCGACAGAUGAUUUACAAGUACACGAGCAAUUGGGGCCUCGUCGCAGAAGCGUACAACUCCGCCCGAGUGACGAUUGCGAUGGACCGACGGACCGGGGCUGAGUGCCUGGCGCGGUGGACGACGCUCUUGAACAACGACAUGGUCGCAGGCGAGGACGAGCGGAGCAGGGCUCUAGCCGUCGCCUCGCCGCGCAUGGAGACGAGGAAGCAGACGGCGAGCCAGAGCGUGGCAGGUCCGAGCGGGAGCGCGGUGAACGACGCUGGCCAGUUGAUGGUGCCCAAGAAGAAGGUCCGGCAUGCCCAUAUGCACGAUACCUUGCGGAAGGCGGCGAAGCGGAGGGAAGCAGUGCAGAAGUCGAACGCUGCGCCGCGGCCCAAGGCCACGGCUGUCCACGAGACGCACGGCUCGGUGACCAAACUGACACGGUUAACGCCGGCUGAGCUCAGUCGGAUGAAAGCCGAGAAGGAGGCGAGAGAUGCCACAGAACUGUCUAUGCGACGGCGAAAUGACGAAAUUGCUCGACAGCACCUCCUGCGUGAACAGGCGCAGCGUGUCCAAGGUCUCCCUCCAAACGCUCAGCAACCACAGCAGGCUCAGACCCCGCUCACACAGCAGGCAGCAGCGGUCAACGGGGUGUCCCGGCCUCCUUCUGGUAUCCAACAACCCCAGAUGGUGCAGCAGAUACGGAGCCAGGUCGGCAUCUCGCAGCAGCAGCAGCAGCAGCGCAUCGCCGCCGCUCUUGCUGCCACCAACAACAACCGGAUGUCCCCGCCACAGCUCUCAGCAGCGCAAGCAGCGCACUUCCGAGCUCUGGCGGCCGCCCAGCAGGGCCAGGCCCAGCAGGCUGGCGGCCAGGGCCCCUCGCAAAUGCAGCAGCCGUCCGCAGCGUCAGCUGCGCUCAGUGCGGCCGCCCCGGCACUCAGCGCUGCCCACCUCUCGCCGUCGUUCGCCGCGCGCGCGACGAGCUCAUCGCCCGGCCUUCCCCAACAAUCGCCUCCGCUUCCUGCCGCGAGCCCAGCGAACGCCGCCGUGGCGCGACCGCCAUCCGUCGUCCCUGGCCAAUCUGUGCAGGGCGUGCCGAUGACCCCUAUGCUGCACGCGCAGAACGUGGCGCAGUACUACAUGCAGAUGCAGCAGCGCGGGCUGACGCAAGAGCAGCUGCAGGCGAUGGUAGCCCAGAUUCAGGCACAGCAGCAGCAGCGACAGGCUCAUCAGGCUCAGCAGCAGCAGCAGGCGCACCAGUACGCAGCGCAACAGCAGCAGCAACAUCAACAGCAGCAGCAGCAGCAGCAGCAGCAAGGGCAAGGCCAGCAGGGCGGGGGGUACCAGCACUCGUAA